CCGGGGGCGGGGCCAUCGCGUGCGCGGCGGCGCAGGCGCGGGGCUGCGGCGCGCGGCAAUGGCGGCGCGGGCCGGGAGUCUGUGGCUGCUGCUGCUCUGGCUCUCGGCGGCGCCGCUGCCCCGCGGCGCCCGCGGGUCGGAGCCCGUCGGGCCGGCGGAGCCGUCGGGCGGCGCGGGCCCCGGGGAGCGGUUUAAGAUCGAGGGCCGGGCCGUGGUGCCCGGGGUGAAGCCGCAGGACUGGAUCGCGGGGGCCCGGGUGCUGGUGGACGGGGAGGAGCACGUCGGCUUCCUGAAGACAGAUGGAAGUUUUGUGGUUCAUGAUGUACCUUCAGGAUCUUACGUAGUGGAAGUUAUAUCCCCCGCUCAUAAAUUUGAUCCUGUGCGAGUUGACAUAACUUCAAAAGGCAAAAUGAGAGCAAGAUAUGUGAAUUACAUCAAACCCUCUGAAGUUGUCAGGCUGCCAUACCCACUUCAGAUGAAAUCUUCUGGACCACCUUCAUACUUUAUAAAGAGAGAAUCUUGGGGAUGGACAGAUUUUCUCAUGAACCCUAUGGUGAUGAUGAUGGUUCUUCCAUUACUGAUAUUUGUGCUUUUGCCUAAAGUUGUCAACACCAGUGAUCCUGAUAUGAGGCGGGAAAUGGAGCAGUCAAUGAACAUGCUGAAUUCCAACCAUGAGCUGCCAGAUGUGUCUGAAUUCAUGACAAGACUUUUCUCUUCAAAAUCUUCCAGCAAGUCUGGUGGUAGCAGCAGUAAAGCAGGGAAAAGUAGUUCUGGAAAAAGGAGGUAGUUAAGUUUUCCUCCUAAGUCUGAAUUUGCAUAGCUGUUUGUUACCAUGUGGUGUCAUGUUUAUUUGUCUUGGAAGAUCAAAAAGCCACUACUGUAAACUUUAACCAGGCACAACAACAUAUGUUAUGCUACAAGUGUGGUUUGUAGCUUUUUUUAGACUGUAUAAGCUGUUUUCUACUUGACAGUAAGCAAAAGAUGACAUGGCUUCAAUACUGUAUCUGUAUAAAGUUAUUGAUGACACUGAAUUAACUAUAUUGUUCUGUAGAGAAUUAAAAUAAAUUAUACAAUGUGCUUCACAGUAAUAAAUAUCUCAAGACAAUGUAUAAAAAAAUUUCAAAGAUAAUAGAAGUGGAGUUCAGUUUUAA